AUGGCUCCCCCAACGCCCCUCGCCAUCGCGACGCAGGCAGUCAACCGCCUCGUCAAGGAAGAAUCCUAUUACCACAAGGAGCAGGCCAGCCAAGAGAAGCGCAUCAAGAAGCUAGAGGAGGAUAUCGAGAGCAACAGCCCCGACCUGGAUACCAACGCCGAGUACAUUCUGAAGCAGGAGAAAACCGCCCUGGAGGAGACCAAGGCAGUAUUCGAGCCGUUGAGGCAGCGCAUCUCGGACGCGGUGGACAAGCUCGAGGAGCAGAUUGCCAUUUCGGAGAGUGAUGGUACCGGUCCUGAGGAGGAGCUAAAGAAAGCAAAGGAGGCGCUGGAGACGGGUCAAAAGGCUGUCGAGAAGGCAGAGCAGUCUUAA